AUGCUGUCGACAACAACGGGUUCUGUUGUCCCUGAAGGACUAGCUUCUGUUGCCAUAACCCAAACAUCUGGGGCUCAGAUAUCUGCGUCACCCGGUUUUAAGUGGUUCUACAUCGAUUCGGCGGGACAAGUCCAAGGACCUUUUGGCAACGUGCAAAUGAGCGGGUGGAUGGCGGCUGGAUUUCUGCCCUUAGGAAUUGAACUUCGUCGAGAUUGUGACGAUUGUUUUCUCACUUUGGCGGAUCACAUGAAUCUAGCCGGACGUGUCCCUUUCUGGGACGGUUACUCGUUAAAGCCAAUUACUCGAUCAAAUGUUGCUGCUCUGAGCCAGACCCUUGCCACAGCCACUGGCCAUUCGGUUGUUAAACCUCGCUGGGUUUCCGGUACCAACACAGAGGUGACCCCCGUGAACCCGAUCCCAUCGGCUCCAGGUACUCCAUUGGUCCCUACUUUUCCGACCUCUGCAAUAACCGGACCGAGUACUACUCUGGAUAGCAACACGGCGGUAGCUGCUGCUGCUGCUGCCACGGCUGUUCUGUUCGCCACGGCCAGUCAACAAGCGGCGCGCAUGGUGGUGUCUGGACGGCCACAGUCCAUGCUUCAGCCACCACCACCUGCACCGCCGCAACAACCAACAACAGUUCCUGUGGUUCCAUCGGUUAUGGAAGUCCCCGACGCAUCAACAGUGGGAAAAUUGUCCACUGGUGUAGCGGUUUCCUGUCCCUCGCCACUUCCUUCUGCUCAAAUUCCCAUGGAUCUGGUGAAUGGCAGUCAAGAGUUCCUAAGAUUGUACACGGAAGCUCAGGCAUUAGCAGCUCAUGCAGCUAAAGUGGAGGCCGAACGGAAAGAGCUGGUAGAAAAGUUGGCGGUUAUUAACUCAACUGCUGCGAAAUUACUUGCCUCCGAUUUUUCGAUGAUUCAAAACACGGAACCUGCUUGCGCGCCUGUCGAGCUUCCUGUUUCAUCACCUCCGGGCUGGGAGGCCACCAUACCUGAUGUUCAUACUGGGGUCACGAAGCCGGUUGAAACAGAAACCAAAUUACCGGAGCAAUCACCUGACUCACCAUUGGUAACGGUUCCAGAUCUACCAGGCGUUGCACCAACAGACAGUUCGACUGAUCAGCAUCCAUUAGAAGCGAUAGUAGAUAGUCCAACCGAAGAAGAGACACCUAAAGAGUUUGUCGUUAUUGAGCCUGAGCCCAUCGCGGAUCAAGCUGUGCCUGAUUCCCAGAAUGCGGUUGGAGGCGAUGGAAGUGCGAAAAAGGUUGGGAAAAAGAAAAACAAAAAGACCAAGAAAAACAAGUUAACUGCGGAGCAAGAACGUCAGCUUGCUUGGGAAGCGGAAUUCGAGCGACGAAAGCAGGCUGCGUUGGAACGCAAAUUGGCGGAAGCUGCCGAGGCUCGUCGUUUGGCCGAGGAAGAAGCUGCGCUUCUGGCCGAAGAACAGGCGGCUUUAGCACAGGAACAGGCACGCAUUCUUAUGGAGCAACGGAAACGUGAGGCUCAGCGUGCAAAAGCUGACAGCCAGUUAGAACAACUGCGUCUACCACAGUCAGCUCGUUGGGGCACGAGUGCUGGCUCUAGCUCACAAGUGAUUCAUGAUGCACAGCCAGGAUCAAGCAGUCUGUUAUCGAUUCAGGCCGCACAGGCGUUAGAAGAGGCGGAGCAGAAGCGUCGGGAGGCACUGAUGGCUGAACAGAUUGCCGUUCAACUGGCCGCAGCGGAGGCGUCCGCGGCCACAAAACGCCCCCAAGCUUGGGCUAGUGUGGUAAACUCGGACACCAAGGCUAACAAACCCCCCACCAAAGUUGCUAGUUCACGACCGGCAGUUGUGGUGGGACCGACAGUAUCACAACCGGUUCCAACAAAAGUGGAAUUCCCGACUCUGAGAGUUCAGGAGCAAGCAGAUCGUCCGAGACCCGAGGCGACAAAUGCGCGUACGCACCAAGGCGUAAAAUCUGCCGCAUCACAUGCACCAGUGAGCGGGAAGUCGGCCUCGUCCGCAACCGCAGUAGUCAGUCCGGGAAGUGGCAGCAAGUCGGCAACUUCCAUAUGGGAUCUCCCCGGUGAUGGGAAAGUAGACAACACUUCCGGGAAAUCUUCCAAGAAGCAGAAAAAGAAACAUGGCAAUAUGAGUCGUGAAGCAGCCUCGUUCGCAGCAAAAGAGGAGUUGGCUCACUGGUGCGAAUCACAGUUGUCCUCCAUGCCCCUGUCUGGUGUUGAUUUACCUACACUGGUGGAUUUGCUAUGUGAAUUGGAAGCCGCAGAUCAGAUCUUGUUUCACUGA